AUAUUAGUAUCAUUUCUUGCAGCUUGCCUGAAUUUUCUGAAGCUCUGCAAAAUCAAGUACUACAACUACUGUCUUAUUUAUAAUGUGCAGAGAGACUUUAUCAUACAGACGGGUGACCCCAUGGGAACUGGCCGUGGAGGUGAAUCUGUAUUUUGUAAGCUGUACGGUGAUCAAGCUAGAUUUUUUGAGGCAGAAAAAGUGCCAAGAAUUAAGCACAAGAAAGGAACAGUGUCAAUGGUGAACAACGGCAGCGAUAUGCAUGGAUCACAGUUUCUUAUUACAACAGGGGAAAACCUGGAUUAUCUGGAUGGUGUGCAUACAGUAUUUGGAGAAGUGACUGAAGGCAUGGAUGUAUUGAAGACAAUUAAUGAAACCUUUGUGGAUAAAGAUUUUAUCCCGUAUCAAGAUAUCAGGAUAAAUCAUACAGUAAUUCUGGAUGAUCCAUUUGAUGAUCCACCUGGCUUGCCUAUUCCUGAUCGCUCACCAGAGCCUACUAAGGAGCAGCUCGAUAGUGGAAGAAUAGGAGCAGAUGAAGAAAUUGAUGACAUGAAAGGACGCUCUGCAGAUGAAAUAGAAGAAGUUCAGGCAGAAAAAGAGGCAAAAACUCGUGCAAUUCUUCUGGAAAUGGUAGGAGACUUACCAGAUGCAGAAGUCAAGCCACCAGAAAAUGUGCUGUUUGUUUGUAAACUGAAUCCCGUGACCACAGAUGAAGACCUAGAGAUAAUAUUUUCACGAUUCGGUCCAAUUAAAAGCUGCGAAGUGAUUCGAGACUGGAAGACUGGUGAAUCUCUUUGUUAUGCUUUCAUUGAGUUUGAAAAGGAGGAAGACUGUGAGAAAGCCUAUUUCAAAAUGGACAACGUGCUGAUAGAUGACAGACGGAUACAUGUGGAUUUCAGCCAAUCUGUUGCAAAGAUUAAGUGGAAAGGGAAAGGUGGGCAGUACACCAAGGAUGAUUUCAAAGAGUAUGAAAAGGAACGUGAUAAGCCUUCAAAAUUUGCUCUAAAAGAGAAGGUGAAACCAAAGCAGGAUACCAAGUAUGACCUUGUGCUUGAUGAGGAAGAAGAAGAAUCUCAAACAAGUCAGUCACACUUGGCUAAAAAACAGAAGAAGAAAAAGCACUACCGCUCUGAAGAUGAAGAAGAUGACAAGAGGACCAAAAAAUACAAGGAUGCUGAUCGAAAACAUGAAGGAGAACGCUGUAGAGAGAAGAUGAAGAGUGAGAAGAAAGACAGGCAUCGGAGUCGCAGCCGAUCUCAAGAGAGAAGUUACAGCAAGCAUAAAGACAAAUACAGAGAAGAUGUCCGAAUAAGGGACUGGGAUAAAAAGAGAGACAGAAGCAGAAGUCCUAAGAAAUCAAAAGACAAAGAAAGGUCUAAGUACAGAUGAUGGAGGAGCAGGAGAUAUGAGGGAACUAAAAUAGUGUUUUCUUCCUGCAUUUACAGCAUACUGUCAUAUGACCGUGCAAGUUCAAAGCAGCUACGUUCUGUCAGCUGUUUGGCCUUAUAAUUCUUUGAAUUCCCAGUGUAUGACUUGGAGUAAGGCUUAAUUCCUAAAAGUGUUUUUUUUUGUUUUUUUUUUUUUAAAUAAAAUGUUUAACAUUAGUAUAAUGAUUUGAGUCUCCAAUAAGGAAUGUUGUCUAAAGCUUUUUGGAAAUGUAAACACGUGCUAUCAAGUGAAUUGCCUACUGAAGGGGUUGCAGUACAUGCUUCCUUUCUGCGAGGAGAAUGUACUUGUCCUUCAGCACUCUCAGAUGCUGUGCUAAAUGAGUAUGAUAGAGGACCUGGGAGUCAAAAAUGUUAUGUGCACGCUCCCUCUAAAAAGUGAUCUGAUACCAUUUGCGUGAGUGCUCAGAGCUCUGUUUCCUUCUUUUAAAAUGAAGAGCUAUGGGUUGCCUUAGUCCUGACAGCUCUCACUUGCUGAGAACUGUGCAGUAGUGCUUAAAGGCAUUGAAGUGCUGCACUGCUGCUUGCAAGGGUAAAGGAAGUGCUGUGCUGUGCUAAAUCGUUUGCACUUAACUUGCUCUUUUGUUACAUAGAUCCCUUGGCUGUGUGGCGUUAUUGGAAAAUGCCUCUCAAAACAUAAGGUUCACUUGCUACUUGGCACAGCUGCAGUCAGUGUUAAAGAUCUUGAGCUCUGUUGUGUCAGGACAUCCAGCUGUUGGGAUGUCAGGCAAGUUAUGCUGAGGGGAUAAGAAAGAAGAAAGUGAUCAUUGGCAGGAAGGCAGAAUUUGUAACUUGCACUGCACUUGCCAAAGCCAAGAUGGGAUUAAUUUUCAGAUUUUGUGGCAGAAGUGUAUCAGUUAAUAAAUCUUAAUCUACAAAGGAAUGCAGGUAUUGUUAUCAGAGUCUGGGUCUUACUGAAAGUCAGCAGGCUUUUAAAUGUCCAGUUUAUUCCAGUGUACAAGAUCUGGACAUUUAAACAGUAUUAUUCAGUUUGCUUACAUUUUAAGAACGUGCAUGCUCGCCUCUUCCUCUCCAGAGAAAAAUCUUGUGCUGAUAAGAGGGAAAGAGCAGCUAAGGUUGCAGCAUUCAGCAUUUCUUCCUCCAUAAAAUUUGUGAUGACUCGGAGGAGUCUGGUCUGGUGAAUAAAUUUAACUUUUGUGGUUGUGG